CCCCUUUUUUUGUUGGUUCUUCGUAUUCCGGACGUGCCGUGUCUUUCGUCUCGAGCCUUUCUUCCUCUUGUGGUUCUUCUCGUUCUGGGUGGUUUUUGGCCCCUUCCUUGAACGUACAGCGUGCGAGAACGGGAAUUUGAAGACUUAGACUCGAGCCGCGCUCUGAAGCAUCAAUGAGACGAGACUAUUAUGUCCUCCAUUUCCAAGAAUAAUGGAGCUCUUUCUAUGUCGUUCUACAUUCAAUAACCUUGCUGGCCUACAGUUGGAGGAUGGAGUCCAGCAACCAUUCAAUAAUCUCGCAAACUAUGUCAAUUCAGAACAUUUUCCAUCUUCCGAAGGUUCAGCAGAGGAUCUCAUCAAGCAAGAUCUUCGAAAUGUUGCUGAGGGUGUAGCUGCUUCUGUUCUUCAGUCGGCUCUUCCUUCUAAUCCUGAUUUAACAGUUUAUGAAGGAAAUGACUCCACUCAUGAAGCAUACCAGGAUAAAAAUGUGCAGCAAGAAGCUGACACUGAGGAUGCUAAUUCUAUAGUGGCAGAGAGGAUGAAUUUCGGGUUUCCAGUAUCAGAUGGCAUUGGUCGCUUGCAAAUAAUUAAGAACGGUGAUCUUGAAGAGUUGCGAGAAUUAGGUUCUGGCACUUAUGGGACUGUUUAUCAAGGAAAAUGGAGGGGUACUGAUGUAGCCAUCAAAAGAAUCAAUGAUAUUGAUAAGUGCUUUUCUGGGAAGCCCUCAGAGCAAGAGCAAAUAAGAUAUGAUUUCUGGAAUGAGGCAAUCAACCUUGCUGACUUGCAUCAUCCAAAUGUGCUGGCCUUGCUGACUUGCAUCAUCCAAAUGUGCUGGCCUUCUACCUCUUCGUUCUCAGUGGAGGGAUCAUCCAGCCAUUCCAAUUUCCAGCAGAGGAGUGCUGACUUUGGCGAAAAUCUUUGGGAACUUGAAGACACUUUAUCAGAAGCUGCAUCAAAGCAUGAGCUAUGAGUCUUUUGUUGAUUUAAACAAGUUUUCCCAGGUAUGCCACCUGCAUAAAGUUAGUAAGAUAGCAGGGAAUGCACAAUUUUUCCCAAGACACCAUUUGAUAGAAACGUGUAGGUGAACUUACCUUUAUGAUUUUAUGAAUUCUGUGUUCAUUAUAAGUAGAUGAAGCUAAGUCUGGCUCUUAUGCCUACAGUACAAUUAUGGCCAUUGUCAGAGCACAUUUCAUCCAUCAUGUGCUCGAACUAUUGGCUCUUAUUACACUCAUGAAUGUAAAAACAGCUUGUUUAUUACUUCUAAAAUGCUGUUUGCUGUUUGUGUUAUAUUAUCUUCAAUGAAUGACAAGUUUGUUUA